UUUCAGUUCCGGUGUGAACAGAGCAAACGAAUCAGAAGAUUUGCUGCAAAUUCUCGACGAACGGAACCCUAAUUUGAUCCCCUCCCUCCUCCCUUCUUUCUUGGCGUUCGGUAAUCUCCUCCCGGCACCGGCGGAAUCAUGAGCAGGAAACGCCUCGCCCCGUCGGCCUCCAACCCCGACGCCGCCGACUCCGCGUUCUGGAAUAAGAGAGUAAUGGCUGGAUCGACUUUCGAUGUGCAUAGGGCUGAACCAUCUCAACAGCAGUUCAUGGCGACACCACCGCUUGAUAUGCACCGGGCUGAGUCGUCUCGGCAGCACGUGAGAGCUCUCAAUACCCAAUUUGCAAGUUGGGUGCAAACACAGUUGAAGAAUCAUCCCGAUGAGCUAUGGGAUGAUGGCCUCCGUGACUAUUUAAGUCAUGCUUCAAGCAUAAUGGAGAAAUUCAGUGAUGUUGUCAACUGGCUCAAAGCAAAUAGUUUAAAAGGGGAGAAUUCGUCUACUGCAGGACCUCAUACUGCCGAAAAGAAACUGAUAUCUGAAGAUAAAUUUAAAAUGGCAAAUUCAUCUUUGGACAAGGUGAAUUCCAAUCCAACAAGUACAACUUUGAGCUUUUCUAGUCCGUGGAGCUUUGGAGUAUCUUCUAGUAGUCAAGCCAGUACUGGAUUGUUCAACUCUGAAGUGAAGCCAGUACCAGAAAUUAAAGAUAGUGUGAUAAAGCCAUCUCAGGAGAAGCCUGUCUUUACUCCAUCCAGUAAUGAUACUAGUUUUGUGAGCCCAUGGAGCUCAGGGGUGUUCUCAAGCAGCCAGACGCCAGCCUUUUCUGGAUUCCAAAGUUCUGCUUCUGCAAAUGCUGGUGCUUCUGAUGAUAAAGAUGGUGAAGAUGAGUUGGAGCAGCCUAGCAGCCCAUCUGUGAAAAAAUCCGAGGAAAAGGGAAUCGUGGUUGUCCAUGAAGUCAAGUGCAAGCUUUAUGUAAAGUCCACCGAUCCUGCUGAUAAGGAUGCAUGGAAAGAUAAAGGUGCGGGGCAGCUUUCCAUCAAAUGCAAAGAGGGUGUAAGCAAGGGAACAAAAGAAUCCAAACCAACAAUCUUGGUUCGCAAUGAUCAGGUGGGAAAGGUGUUGCUUAAUGCUUUGAUAUAUCCAGGCAUCAAGACAAACUCGCAGAAGAAUUCUAUUGUCGCAAUAUUCCAUACUGCGGAUGAUGGAGGCAGCAACGAAAAAGUUGUGGCGCGCACCUUCUUGAUCAAAACCAAGACACAAGAGGACCGCAAUAAAUUGGCAACGGCAAUCCAAGAAUACGCCCCUACUUCUUGACAGUUUACUGCAUGUACCAUUAUAUAUUUUGAUUUAUUCGGAAAAGUUGCAUAAUGUUCCCCCCUAAUUCUCAGCUCCUUUCAUUUUGACCCCCUGAAACUUGCAAUUAUUGCACAUUGAGACUGUGCCGUCGACUCUUUUAGCAUCAAAUAGCAAGUAGAGCCAAAUAUUUUAUUGCGGAA